AUGCUUUACUCCCUCCAUCCUGGUAUUUGACUUGACACGAAAUUUAAAAAAUAAAGUACUCUCUCCGUUUCAAUUUAUGUAAAUCCAUUUAACUGGACACGAAAUUUAAGAAAGUGUUAAAUGAGUCACAUAUAUUUUGUGUGACUAUAAAUCAUUACAUAGAGGUAAAUUAUUUCCUGCAAGAGGUCAUUUUUUUUUAUACGGACUAAUAAGGAAAUAGGUUCAUAUAAAUUGAAACAGAGAGAGUAUGACUUUUGAAACUUGUGGUCUAAAAUAAAUCAUAGGAAAUUUGUGUGGCUGGAGGGUAAAAAGGUAGAUAUAAAGUUGAAUUGUUACUAAAUAUAGAAAGGUGUCAUUUUUUUUUUGGGACUGAUUAAAAAGGAAAGAGUGCCAUAUAAAUUGGAACGGAACGGAGGGAGUAUAGAUUUUGAUGAGUUGAGAACGAGGCUCUGUAAUUUUGGGAAGAGAGAAAAGCAUAAGAUGAUUCGGAGGAUGGGUUGAUCUUGGUGCAUGAUCUAGCACUAGUUCAAGGAUUGAUAUGGAAGGUGUGAACGUUAAACAAGUGGGCCGUCUAUUUGAAAAUAUUAGCAGCUUUCUUCGCCAAUGUAUAUUUUCUGUGCUUUCUGUGGGUCCUGUUCCUAGUCAUAUUGCUUUCAUCAUGGAUGGAAACCGUAGAUAUUCUAAGAAAGAGAACUUGCCAGAUGGUGAUGGACAUAGAGCUGGAUUUUCCGCUCUUCUGAACAUGCUAAAAUAUUCUUACGAGCUUGGUGUAAAAUACAUAACUGUUUAUGCCUUCAGCAUUGAUAACUUCAAACGAAGGCCUGAAGAAGUUGAAUUCCUAAUGAAACUGAUGCAGGAAAAGAUUGAUGAAUUAAUUAAAGAUGAAAGCAUCGUAAACCGCCUCGGGAUUAGGAUAUACUUUCAAGGAAACCUAAAACUUCUGAGUGACCCUGUCAGAUCAGCAGCUGAGAGGGCUAUGGUAAAAACAGCUGGUAAUUCAAAAGCUGUAUUAUCUGUUUGUGUUGCCUACACUUCAACAGACGAGAUUGUGCAUGCUGUUCAAGAAUCUUGUGAAGAAAAAUGGGAUGAAAUUAGAAAACCAGAUGCAGAUAAUGCUGUAGGCAAUUUAAUCACAGUCGAAGAAAAUGGGAAGUACAAAAAUGAGCAUCGUAUUGGUGUGACAGAUAUUGACAGACAUAUGUACAUGGCAGUUGUUCCUGAUCCAGACAUUAUUAUACGGACUUCUGGAGAAAAUCGGUUAAGCAACUUUCUUUUGUGGCAGAGUGCACAUUGUCUUAUUUAUUCUCCGACUGCACUAUGGCCUGAGAUAGGUUUGAGGCAUUUAAUUUGGGUAGUUUUAGACUUCCAGAGAAACUACUUGUAUUUGAAGGAGAAGAAGAAGCAGGCAUGAAUUAAAAGUAAAAGCUCUUUAGCAACUUUUAAUCAUACUGUGGUUUUGUGUUGCAGCUCCAUUUGUUUAAUGCAGUUUUCCUCUAGCAAAUAUUUAAGCCUGGGUUACGACUGCUCAUUAGUGUUCUUUCCCUUUAGAUAUCUAGUAAGUUGUCAGUUGGUGGUAGAAAAAUCAAACAUGUGGUGAAAGGCUGAUAGCUAUAUGGGAUACACCUUGAUAGCAAUCAGUGGAUGCAGUUUGAGCAGUGAGGUCUGGGCUUGCAAAUUGUUGUAUCAAUGAGUAGUUUAUUAUCAUGAAUCAAUUGUUUUACCCACUUUUUGGUUUGGAUUCUUAUGGAGCAUUUGUAAUUUUGAAAUAACCUGAUAACAAUAUCCAAACCUUUAGUCCAACAAAUCUCUUUUGAGUUCUUAA